AGUGCGGCGGCGGCGAUGUCGGAGCCGGAGCACCUGGGCGGGAAGCGGGCCGAGUCGGCGCGGCUGCGGCGGGCCGAGCAGCUGCGGCGCUGGAAGGGCUCCCUCACGGAGCAGGAGCCUGUGGCGCCGGCGGGCGGCCGCGGCCGGCACCGCGGCGCCGGGGGGUCCCGCGUCCGCUUCGAGGAAGGCGCCGUCUUCCUGGCCGCCUGCUCCAGCGGGGACACCGAGGAGGUGAAGCGCCUGCUGGGCCACGGCGCUCGCAUCAACACCACCAACGUGGACGGGCUGACAGCGCUGCACCAGGCCUGUAUAGACGAGAACCUGGACAUGGUGAAAUUCCUUGUGGAAAACGGAGCCAAUGUGAACCAGCAGGAUAAUGAGGGCUGGACCCCUCUUCAUGCAGUGGCAUCAUGUGGCUAUCUGAACAUAGCAGAGUACUUAAUUAGUCAUGGAGCCAACGUAGCUGCUGUGAACAGUGAAGGUGAAGUCCCAUCUGACAUCGCAGAGGAAGCAGCCAUGAAGGACCUGCUUCUGGAACAAGUAAAGAAGCAAGGUGUAGAUCUAGACCUGGCAAGGAAAGAAGAGGAACAGCAAAUGCUGCAGGAUGCCAGACAGUGGCUGAACAGUGGGAGAAUUGAGGAUGUAAAGCAGCCUCGAACAGGUGCCACAGCUCUUCAUGUUGCUGCAGCAAAGGGCUAUUCUGAAGUCAUGAGGCUUUUGAUCCAGGCUGGGUUUAAUUUGAAUGUCCAAGACAACGAUGGCUGGACACCGCUCCAUGCUGCUGCACACUGGGGAGUGAAAGAAGCUUGCUCCAUCUUGGCUGAGGCAUUGUGCGAUAUGGACAUCAGAAACAAACUGGGCCAGACACCAUUCGACGUGGCUGAUGAGGGACUGGUUGAGCAUUUAGAAAUGCUGCAGAAGAAACAGACUGUGCUGCGAAGUGAGAAGGAGACGAGGAAUAAACUAAUUGAAGCCGACAUGAAUGGCAAGCCUCAAAGCAGACUCUUCACAAACAAAGAGAAGAUUCUUUAUGAGGAAGAUACGCUGAAGUCCGUGGAAAUGGAGGAAGAGAACAAGGACUCUAGCAGUUCCAGUUCUGAGGAGGAGGAGGAGGAAGCUGAAGAAGAUGAAGUUUCAGAAUCAGAUGCUGAAAAGGAGUCAGAAAGGAAGGAAGAGUCCUUUGCCAACCACUCCAGCCAUGAAACCAGGCCUAGCAUCACUGAACAAAUACCACCACCAGAGCCCAACUCCUUCACUGCAUCUGCCAGAAGAUUCAGUUGGCUCAACAAGUCAGAAGAGCAGAAGGAUGAGUCACCUUCAUCUUGGCGGCUGGGUCUACGGAAGACUGGCAGCCACAACAUGUUGAGUGAAGUUGCUGCUACUCGCGAAGCACAGAGAGAUAAGAGUUCUUCUAUCUAUCGUUCUUCAUCGAGUCCUCGGAUAUCUGCAUUAUUAGACAACAAAGAAAAGGAUAAAGACAAGAGCUAUCUUGCCACAAUAGCCCCCAGAAGACUAAGCAGUACAAGCGAUAUAGAAGAAAAAGAAAACAGAGAAUCAGCUGUUAACCUAGUGCGGAGCGGCUCUUACACCCGGCAGCCAUGGAGGGAUGACUCAAAGGGAAACGAAGCCCCUCAUUCUGGUGCACCAGCCACCUAUGUAUCUACUUACUUGAAAAGUGCUUCAUUUGGUAGAAGUAGUGACCUCAACAGUCCCUACAUUUCAACCAGUCGCAAUACAUCUCUAGCUACCUCACCCACUACCAUUGGUUCAUCUACCUCAUUGGGCACCCAGUGGCAACCUGUCUCUUCCUGUCCCACAUCUCUCGGUGCGAACACUACUGCAUCAGCCCGCCAGUAUACCAGAGCCCCUUUCAGGCAACAAACUGAUUCUGCUGUAGAGAAAAAUACAGAGGGCAUCUCUACUAGCACCCCCCUAGGUGUAAUCACAAAUCGUGCUAUACUCGGCUCUGCCAAUGGUAUUGCGAAUGCCGGUGCUGUCUCAACUACAGGAAAGGACUUCUCAGCUGAGGAAGCCAGGGAGCGCAGAAGGUCAUACCUGACUCCAGUGCGGGAUGAGGAAGCAGAAUCCCUGAGGAAGGCUCGAUCCAGACAGGCCCGACAGACUCGCAGGUCUACACAGGGUGUGACACUUACAGACCUUCAGGAAGCAGAGCGAACCUUCAGCCGGUCUCGAGCAGAACGGCAAGCUCAGGAGCAGCAAAGUGAGAAACCUGAGAGCGCAGAGCCUACUGAAGACAGCAGUGAGAGACAGGAGACUCGGCCACGGUGGAGCAGAAGUACAGAUGAGGAGACUGUCUAUCGGCGAUUAAGGUGCCCAGUACAAACAGACAAACCUACAACACCUGUGUCUCCUUCCACAUCAGCACCUCUCCUUUAUACAAGUUCUUACCUGACUCGAACAAAUAAGUGUCUAGGUCUUGACUCUGUGAAUCCAGCAGACUUCAGAGGUGCAGCCACGGAGAUGGAGAAAAAUGAGUGUGAAGAUCAAGACUUAGAUGACAAAUCUCCAAACAAACAGUCAAUCCGAGAGAGGCGGCGGCCAAAAGAGAGGCGAAGAGGCACCGGCAUCAUCUUCUCGAUGAAAGAUGAUGAUGAUGAAGUUGAUGGAAAUGAGGAAGCAAAGGAAACGCGGCAUGAAAGACUUUCCAGAUUGGAAUCAGCUACGAAUCCUACCACCAGUGACUCCUCCUACAGUGAUCGUGCCUCCAGCCGCUCCAGUGCCUACACCCGGAGAGAGAACCGGUUAGCCUCCCUCAGCACCAGAACAGAAGAGGAGAGUAAUAGAGAUUAUAAAAAAUUAUAUGAAAGUGCCCUGUCUGAAAAUCAAAAGCUGAAAUCGAAACUGCAGGAAGCCCAGCUUGAGUUGGCUGACAUCAAGUCAAAGUUGGAAAAAGCAGCCCAGCAGAAACAGGAGAAAACUUCUGAUCGAUCUAGCAUGCUGGAGAUGGAAAAAAGGGAGAAGCGAGCCCUGGAGCGGAAACUUUCUGAAAUGGAAGAGGAGAUGAAGAAUCUCCACCAGCUCAAACAGAUUCACACUCUGAGACAGAUGAAUGAGCUACUGCUGGCUGAAAACAGGGCUCUGACCCGGGUCGUGGCCAGACUCUCAGUGUCUGCCAAGCCCCCUGAAUCAGAGGAACUGUAGCUGCUUUCCCUCCGGCUCAUCUCGCCUCCCUCUUCCACUCUUCCAGGCAGGUCCCCACUUUUGUCUGAGCUGUUCCCCUGCCUCAUUGCUUGCAAGGGUGUCUGAUGAAGCUUGUGGCUCCAAACCGGCAUGUGGCAAAGGAUUCUUUGGCAACCAAAAAGCCAAAAGCAUGGUGUUAUUUUCCCAUUUGGGCACAGGGUUUCAACACAGACUGUUUGCAUUUAGUUGCGCUGAUUUUGGCUCUGCUUGGAAGAUGCUGAGCUCGGCUGUUUUAUUAACCACCCACAUCCAAGGGGCCAUGUUUUCCCUGUGGUGCAGAUCAUCCCAAACAGACCUAUGAAGACAUGUUCAUCCCCUCUCAUGCGGAGGCAUAAAAAGUAGAUGUUGGAGUGAAUGGCACCAAAAAGACUCCUGAGGAGCAGGAGAUCAGCUGCUUCCCAAUGACAUUGCUGGCAAAUGGCUUUGGGGUGACUUUUAAGUGCCAAUAGGUUAGCCAGCAUCCCCUUCCCCAUUAUUUUAUUUCAAAAUAGGUGUGUUUUGUGGUAGGUCUCUGAUCGUAAUAGAACUCUUACUUAAUUUGGCUUAAAUCGGUGAGAAACCAGCAUGAGGCAAAUAAGGUUAUCCAAAGCCAGAAUUAACAAUUUAAUGCGUUUCCAGGGAUAUUAUGAAAUAUGCACGUUUCAGAUGGGAAGGCAAUUUUUAAAAAUGUAGAGCUGGGCGGUUCUCAACAGAUUUUCUUGAUCACUUGAAUAAGUAAAAAAGUUCCUUCCCCCAUUUUAAAGAAAGAGAUUUUUAUUCAGAAUUUAUGUGCUGCAGCAUCUCCCCUGUCUUCUGUGAUGUGGCUACAAGAAAGGUGGAGAGGAGGAGGUAGACCAGGUGCUUUUUUUUCUUUUUUUUUUUUUCCUCUCUCUCUCUCUCUCCUUGUGUUUUCAAUUCACCACAGGAUAAUUAGUGUUUGAAAUCCAAGGAUGAGCCUUCCGUAAGCUUUACACUCGCACGUAAUGCAGUGAAAUUUCAUCUUUUCUUGCUACAUCUUUGGUUCAGUGCUGAAGUAGAACAGAAAAGGCUUCUUCCUCCGAGCCCUACCUGUGUUUUGCAGCUUAAUAGGGAGGUAUUCAAGCCCCUUCGGACAGCUAUUUUAUUUAAAGAAAUGAAGCAUCAGUAUGCUCUAGAGAGCUGGAAGUGGCACUAGGGUAUGAAAAAAAAAUCCAUUCUUAGAAUACAAAUUAUACCAAAAAUGAUUAAUCGUAGAAACAAAUCCACCAGGGGAAUUGUGCUUUCCCAUUUCCAGAAGUCUCAAAUCAAGACAAAAUGUUUUAUCAUACGCAUGCUCUUGGGCUGAAUACGUGAGUGAGUGUUUAAUAUUUUGUGGCCUGAAUAGUGCAGAUGGUCAGAUUCAAUGAUCUCACUUCAAUGAAUCUCUUCAUGAAGCAAGAGAUUCAAUGAUUUCUUGCCUACCUUGCUUUGAGAUCUGGGAGGUAGAAUUGACCAAAAUACUUCCAGACUCAGGGAAAUUGUAUUUUGCAAACUCUAAGUCAUCCAUUUCUCUUUUUCUGCUAGGAUAUAAUCACAUUAUCACCUCUCUCUAGCUAAGAUCCUCUCUACUCUACAGAUGCCACCACCUUUUCUCUCAUGCAGGCUAGCUGAGACAUAUAUACGCAUUAACAGUUUGUGUAUAGCUUUGUAGUUUCCUGCUUCUGGGUCCGAGCUGAAGAAGAGUGUCUGCAAGCUCAUCUGAUCUUUUUUUUUUAAUCUCUUCUAGUCGAUCUAAUAAAGGAUAUUACUGCUACCUGUAAAGCCUGUCUCACUUGGAUCCUUAGACAUCAUAGCUGUACAGUAACUCCACUGUUUGAAACUGUGACAGGUUUACUACUACACAGCAGCAGUAGCACUUUUUAAAGGAUCUCGUUUUCUAAAAUCCACGUAAUUUUCCUCCUCUUAGGAGGCAUGAAAUUUCACAAGUUUUCUUUUAGCUUUCAGAAAGCUUCUCUGGAAAUUAAUGGAGUCACACUACAGCCAUGAAACUUUUCAAGAAGUAUUUGCUUUCCACUUAGUUACAUUCCUUGCUUUUCCAGUUAAUCAGCAAAGUUGCACUGAAGCAUACUUGCAAAAGGCAGCCAGCAUCGGAGCUUCCAGUAAGCUGUGAAAUUUGAGUGGUUGCUCUCUGAUGUUGCUUAUGGGAACCUCUAGCAGAAUUGUCUCUUCCAAAGCCAGGAAACAAAUGGCAGGAUUUCAGAGCACUAUCUUAUUAGAGCGAUGGACAUGUUCAGGGCACCCCAAACAGUGAUGUAGAGAAGAGGGGGACAGUCCAUCUGCAGACUAUGACAGAGGGUUAAAAUUACUCCAGCGCGUUGGACUUGAAGGCACCAUGCUUUCUGGUGAGUUUUAGGUGAAGCUCAGGAGCAAGUGGAGAGAUGCAGAGUGAGACAGCAGAUGCUUUCCUUAUUUCAUGGCAUUCCUUGGCACUUUGGUGACGGGUGAUGCCUUUCAUCUGGUAGUGCGAAAUUACAUAAUGAGUCAUGACUUCUCUUUCCCUAGUAUUCCCUGUCAUGGAAAUUUCCCUGUAGCACCAACGCUGAGACUAAUGUGAUAGAUUUUAGAAAGGACACAAAUCACUAGCUGAAGCUCCAUCCAGCCCACCACUUAGUCUUGCCUUCUCCUCAGUACAUUGCCGUUCUACAUUUUUCCCUCUCUUUUUCUUGCAAAACCUUCCAAGGAGAGCACUGAACACCAGGUGCUGCUGUAGGGAUGGGGUGCACAGUGCUUUUGGGCUACGCAAGCGUUAUCUUGGCUUGAUGGUUAAAAGAGGGAAUUGCUCAAGCAGGAGCGGCAUGUGAUGGCAUUCUCUUUGGUGAGCUGCCUGCAAUGGUAACAGAGGAGGUGCAAAUGAGAUGGCUGGGAAGGAGUUUGUGAUUGGAAGCAGAUGUGCACACCUGCACGGAGAGGAUAAUGGUGUUCUGCGAACAGCUGGGAUUUCAUAUUUGGGGGAGUUGUGAUGUCUCUAAAAUCUAUAUUGAUGUAGAUAAGUCAUCACUGUGCUUAUGCCAGGGUUGUUUGUGCCUGCAUGUGACCCCGUGCCAUCGUAGCUUGUUCCAGCAGGGUCUGCUGCAACUGCCCUCAGGGCUGCUGAUAUCCCUUGAUGAGUGUUACACCUUUCAUGUUACAUAUUUCAUGUUAUACCCUAAGACAGGCCAGGCUGGAUCUCUUUCCAGUUCUUGAAUGGAUGGGGACAGUCCCAUCCUGUGAGCCGUUCACUGAAGGUCAUCUACCUGCAGUGUGGGAAAUGUGGGAUUUGGGGCUUGUUUGGCCAGUGAGGAGUGCUUGAAAGAUUUUAUCAAAGUUAUUUCUGCCUGUAUUUCCAAUAAAAAUGGGAAUUUUCUCUUUGUUGCAA